AUGGCACGAACGCGACCCACGGCCAAGACAAAGCCAUCUUCCACCUGGUCCCGUAGCCUCUCUGUGCUGCUGCUCGUGUGGGCCACGAUCGCCAGCGUCGACGUCGUCAUCGCGGUCAAGAAGCAGGACUUCAAGACGUGCGAGCAAUCCGGCUUCUGCAAUCGCAACCGACAACUCGCCGACCGAGCCAUCGACGCUUCCUCUGCUUGGAAAUCGCCCUACUCGAUCCCUAGCCCGCCCCGGUUCGAGGCAGGGCGUUACGUCGCGUCGGUCAAGAACGCGCUGUUCCCGUCGAUCGGCUUCCGGCUCGAGAUCCGCUUCCAGCACGAUGGCCUGGCCCGCGUGAUCGUCGACGAGGUCGAUGGCUUGAGGCAGAGGUACAACGAGACCGCUUCCUGGGCCUUGGUGCAAGAACCCGUUCUUGAUCUCGACGACGCUCAUUAUUCGGUCGAGAUCGAUGCCAAGCAAUCGACCAUCUCGUACGGUCCGCCCCAGCACGGCCAACAGGUCCAGGUCCAACACGACCCGUUGCUCAUCACCUUCCUCCGCGAUGGACAACCCCACAUCGUCCUCAACGAGCGGGGCUUGUUCAACAUGGAACACUUUCGCGUCAAACCCAUCGCCGGCCAGGACCAGGGCGAAGUCGUCAUUCAGGACCCGGACCAUCCGACCGAACAGACCGUCAUCGUACCCGAAAAGGCCUACCCGGGCUUCUUACCCGCCAGCGACGACGGCAUGUGGGAGGAGAAUUUCAAUGGCAAACAAGACUCCAAGCCCAAGGGUGAGUGCGCGUUCUCACGCGCUAGAUUUGCACUCGGCUAAAUUUAGCUGACCCGCGCACGGAAACAGGCCCCGAAUCGCUCAGUCUCGACAUCAACUUCCCUGGUUACGAACACGUCUAUGGUAUUCCCCAGCAUGCCUCGACGCUGAGUCUCAAGCAGACCAGGUACGUCAGCGCAUCUGCAGCAAGUUCAAAAAGAGCAGCCCUAAACUAACCGAGCACCCCAACACAGGGGUGGCACGAACGCCUACACCGACCCUUACCGCCUCUACAACCUCGACGUCUUUGAAUACGACGUCGACUCGGAGAUGGCCAUCUACGGCUCGAUCCCCUUCAUGAAGGCUCACCGCGCCGGAUCGACCGUCGCCGUCUUUGCCGCCAUCGGAUCCGAGAUGUGGAUCGACAUCACCAAGAGCUCGACCCCCAAGCUUAUCACCUCGGCCUUCAAGAAGAGGUCCAGGGACGGCGCGUCGACGGAUGCGGGUCCUUCUCCGGUCACAACGUCGACGCAUUGGAUCGCCGAAUCGGGCAUCCUGGACCUCUUCGUCUUCUUGGGUCCUUCGUCACUCGACAUCUUUGACCAAUACACGACCUUGACGGGCAAGAUCCCCAUGCCGCAAUACUUCGCUACGGCCUACCACCAAUGUCGAUGGAAUUAUGUCAACGAAGAGGACGUGCAGGAGGUGCAGACCAAGUUUGACGAGUUUGACAUCCCCAUGGACGUGAUGUGGCUCGACAUCGAAUACGCCGAGGAGCACAAGUACUUUAUUUGGAACAAGGACUACUUCCCCACACCUGAAAAGAUGCAGCAGAAACUAGUCGAUCGAGGGCGUCAGGUGAGCAUGACCAUUAACAAAGCGCACUCGCGGUGACUUGGAUCAUUGACAUCUUGAGUAUCUGAGUAUCUCCAGCUCGUCGCGAUCGUCGACCCGCACAUCAAGCGCACCUCGUCGCUCCACGUUUACAAAGAAGCGCAAGAUCUCGACGUGCUGUGCAAGGACCGCGACGGCAACGAGUACCGCGGAUGGUGCUGGACCGGCGACUCGGCUUGGGUCGAUUUCUUCCACCCCAAGAGUUGGGACUGGUGGGUUUCGUUGUACAGGUUCGACAAGUUCGUCGGCUCCACCAAGAAUUUGUUCAUUUGGAACGAUAUGAACGAGGUGGGUCUCGCGGUCGUAGGCGAGUGAGCGUCUGGAGUUGGCAACUAACUUGUCCUCGAUGCCCGCCUACCUUAGCCAUCGAUCUUUGACGGACCCGAGAUUACGAUGCACAAGGAUGCGAUCCACUAUGGAGGAUGGGAACACCGCGAUGUGCACAACAUCAACGGCAUGCUCUACGUAGGUUCCCCGGAGUCGCCGCAGCUGAUCGGGGCGAUCGAGCGAUCACUGACUGCCGAGACUCCUUGCACCCGCAGCAAAACAUCACCGCCCGGGGUUUGGUCGAGCGUGAACCCGUGCCCAGGCGCCCCUUCGUGCUCACUCGCGCCUUCUUCGCGGGUUCUCAGCGCUUCGGCGCCAUGUGGACCGGUGACAACCUCGGCCGUUGGUCACAUCUCCAAUCAACGCUGCCGAUGCUGCUGACGAACGGUAUCGCGGGCAUGACCUUUGCCGGCUCGGACACGGGAGGUUUCUUUGGUGACCCCUCCGAAGAGAUGAUGACGCGUUGGUACCAAGUCGGCGCCCUUUCGCCCUUCUUCCGCGCCCACGGUCAUCUCGACACCAAGCGUCGCGAACCUUACCUUUUUGCCGAGCCUUACCGCUUGAUAAUGCGCGAUUCGAUUCGCCUGAGGUACAAGAUCUUGCCGGCGAUGUACACGGCCUUUUACGAAGCGAGUCGCACGGGUAUCCCCAUUUUGCGUCCACAAUACGUCGUCUUCCCCAACGAUCCCAAGGGUUUCGACAUGGAGGAUCAGUUCUACCUCGGUUCGACCGGAUUGUUGGCCAAGCCCGUCGUCCACGAAGGGGUGACGCAAGCCGAAGUCUAUAUCUCCGACGAUCAGCCUUACUACCACUACUUCAACCACGAUCUUCAUUUCGGUGUCGCGUCGGGUGGAACGACGAUCAAGGUCGCCGCGCCGCUCGAUUCAACCCCUCUCUUCCACCGUGGUGGUUCCAUCUUCCCUCGCCGCGAUCUUGUUCGUCGUUCGUCGAUCUUGAUGUGGAAGGACCCCAUCACCCUCGUCGUUGCCGUCGACUUGACCGGCACCAAGGCCGAGGGUUCGCUCUACCUAGACGAUGGCGAGUCCUUCGACCACGAAAAAGGUGACUUUGUCCACCGAGGUUUCCAGCUCGCCCCUGCGUCCCCGGACAGCAAGUCCCUCGUCCUCUCUUCGCGCUCGCUCGUCGACGCGUCCGCCGUCGGCUUGAAAACGUACGAUGCGACCUCGAACGCCUGGGCCAAGAAGAUCGAGGAUGUCGUCGUUCGAGAGAUCCGCAUUCUCGGUCUCGCGAGCAAACCUACCUGUGUUCGACUCUCGGGUACGCAACAAGGCCUCGAAUUCGACUGGAUGGACGGCCUGGCCGCCUCGAGUGCUCGUCGACGCGGUGGAAGACGUUCGACCGAACUCGUCAUCAAGGAUGCCGGAGCGCUCGUCGUGCAAGACUGGGACAUCACCCUCGACUUUGAAGGCGACGCUUGCCUGACCGUCCCUGCCAUCGACCAUGAAGCUCGCUUGCAAUCUCCCGAAUGCGCACCCGGUCAGUUCUACUGCCAGAACCAAGGCUUCACACCCAGCUGUAUCCUUCGUUCGCGCGUCAACGACGGGAUCUGUGAUCCUGAAUGCUGUGACGGUUCGGACGAAACGGACGGCAAAGCCAAGUGCGGUAACUUUUGUGCUGAGCUCGGAAGGGAGAACGCGAGACUUCUGGCGGAAAAGAAGAGGAAACAUCGUGUUGGCGCUGCGAUUCGUCGGGAUUACAUCAAGUUCGGCGUCAAGGAGAAAGCGAGGCUACGGGACGAGAUCGAAAAGGGCCAAAAGGAACUCGAAAGAUUGACGGUCAAGCAACAGUCGUCGCAGGCCACUUUGGAGAGGUUGGAGAAUGAGGCGGCGGGAGAUAUUCAGCGAAAGAAGGAGAGCUUGUUGUAUGAGAAGAUUGUCGAGAUGCAGCAUGCGAUCGAGGCGUUGCAGAAACAUCGUCAGAACCUCGAGGGGCAUAUCGUCGAACUGAGUGGGGUGUUGGCGGAUCUUUCGGUGAGUUCAUCGUGCGGACUUCGUGGGAAGUAUAGAACAAUAGCUGACUCGUAUACCGCUCGUGCUUACUUGUGUGCAGCGCGACUUCAAUCCCAACUACCAAGACAUGGCCGUCCUCGGCGCCACUCGAGCGUUCAAGGAAUGGCAAACGACGAACAACCUCCUCGACGAAGAUGGCAAACCCUACCAAGCCGAAGGCGAGCUCCUCCAGGUCCCCGUCGCCAACGACAUCGUCGACUUGACCGAUGACCAACUUAAUGCGCUGUGCAACGAGGACCCGCUCAACCUCAUCGAUAGCUUGUCGACUCGCGUUGGCGAGCGUGUUAUUCCGAGCUCUUCCUCGACGAGUAAGUUCUGGAAUAUGGGCAAGCGUGUGGGUGCAAGCUCCUACAUGCUCACGUUAUCUCGUGUUUGGCGCAGUCUUCAACAUCGGCGAGUACAUCCCCGACAAGUUCAAGCCGCGCUACGAUGCCUUCAAGAAGAGCUUGAUGGAUGUACUCGUCAGCACGGGCAUCAUCUACCCUUCCGCGUCGACGGAGGGUGCCGAAACGGCUGGUGAGUACAUUCGAACGGAGCUGCUUCCCUUCCUACGUACCGUUAUUGACAGUACAUGCAUAUCUUGGUAGAAUUGACGUCUGCACGCGCGGCUGUCAGCGCUUUGGUAGAUGAGAAGGGUCGACUUGAAGAGCGCAUUUCGUCGGCCCAGGAUGACCUCAACCGCAAUUACGGACGCGAUUGGGAAUGGAAAAAGCUGGCCGAGACAUGUCUUGAGAAAGAGCACGGCGGGUGAGUUAGGCUUGAAGCAUUUGAUCACAGUGUCACUAGAUCACCCAUCGUACUUGUCCUAUAAAAUCACAGGUUCGAGUACAACGUCUGCUUCUUGGACAAGGCUGAACAGAUUCAACACGGUGUGCGGACAUCACUUGGCACCUUCUCCGGCUGGUCCCCGACCGCGACCGUCGGAACGGACGAGUACUACCUCGAACAGAGCUACAGCGAAGGAGCGCGAUGCUGGAAUGGACCCGUGCGAUCGUCGAGGGUCUUGUUGACCUGUGGGACGAAGAACGAGCUCGUGUCGGUGACCGAACCGGACAAGUGCUUGUAUCUGUUCAAGAUCAACACACCCGCCGUUUGCUUCGAGGAGGCGACCAACUCGUCGAACGAGAAGGAUGAACUUUAG